CGAUAACAUCUUGCGACAGCGAGCGUUGCGAAGCUGCUCAAGAAAUCUCGUGUAAAAACGCGAAAGAUGUCGUAAAUAAUUGGUAAAUUCUGGUGCAAAGUGUUAAUAAGUGAUCUGUGUAGUGUUUUCAAAUGAAAUUCGCAUUGCAAAUUGCAUGAAAAUGUCAAAUAAAAAGGUGCAAACCUGAUUGCUGAAAGAGGCAGGCAGUUUUUUUUCUUCAUCGUCGUAAAAUACAUACAGACUCGCACACAAACACGUAAACGCUUAAUACGUAUAUAUAUAUAACGCGCGGGCGCGAGAGUAAAAAAGAGCGUAAACGAGAGAGAGAGCGAGCGUCGUGUGUGUGUGAGUGAGUGCGUGUGCGUGCCUAUGUGUUUGUUGUAUGAUGUCGUUUGGUGAGAGAGCAAGCGUGAGCGCGCCAAGCAGGCGAAUGCGAGAGCAAAGCAAAAACCAACAAAUAAGCGAACGAAAAUAAAAACGACAAAAAUACCGAAAGCGAAAUAACGAAUAUUGAAACAAGUCGUGUUGAUGUUUAUGUGUUUGUAUUAUGUUUUAACUCCCCAUUUCCCCCACACACACAAGUUGGAUACAUUUAAUAAAAUUCAUACAAAAAAGAUUCAGGAAAAAUCUAAGACAAAAAUUGCGAAUAAAAGCCGAUGCGCAAAAAGUGUGCUAGUAUAAGAAAAAGAAGAAGAAGAGGAGGAAAAAGAGGAAGAAGAAGGAGAGCGGAAAUUGUGAGUGUACGAAUUGUAUUUAAUGAUGUAGUUGAUGCGAUUCAUACUCAUCAUGAUGAUUAUUAUGAGUAUGAUAAUGAUAAUGAUAACAAUGAUGAUGAUGUUGAAUGUUGAUGAGAGAGAACAACAACAACAAGAACUGCAAGUUGCAUAGUUGAAAAAAAAUCAACCGAAAGAAAGUACAGCAAUGUGGAAAAUUGUAAAUGCGACGAGCAAAAACUCAAAACGCAGAAAAACUAAACGCGCAAAAAGAAGAAUUUUCAUUCUCAACUUGCCAUAAAAAACAAAACGCAAAAAAAAUAUAAUAAAAAAAACGAAAGAAAACUGAAAACAACAACAAGACGCUGUCGUAAAAGGGCAGUCAUAAAGGAAAACCCACCACUUAAACAACAACAGCCACGACAAGAUUUCAGUUUGUUGCAAGGUGGCAACGUUGUGUGCAAAUGCCAACAACAACAAAAUAUCAACAAAACUGUGGCAAGUGCGGCAAGUGUUUAUUAUGGGCCGCUCCAAGUUUCCCGGCAAACCAUCCAAGUCGAUUAAUCGCAAGCGGAUAAGUGUGUUGCAACUCGAAGAUGCAACAGCAACAACAACAGCAGCAACAGCAACAUCAGCAACAAAUCAAAAGCAGAAACUGAAGAAAACGGUCACCUUUAAGAAUAUACUGGAGACGAGCGAUGACAAGUCGGUGGUGAAGCGUUUCUACAAUCCGGAUAACCGUGUGCCCCUCGUCUCCAUCAUGAAGAAGGAUAGUCUGAAUCGACCUUUGACAUAUUGUCGUGGCAGCGAGUUCAUUGUGCGUCCCUCCAUUCUCUCCAAGAUACUCAACAAGAGCUCCAAUAUCGAUAAGCUCAAUUCGCUCAAGUUUCGAUCGGUGCAACCAGCAACAACAACAACAACAGCAACCACAACAUCCACAAAUGAUGCAACAGCAGCAUCCACAUCAUCAUCAUCCUCCUCCACUUCCUCAUGCGCCUCCUCCUCCUCGACAUCGGCGAGUCUCUUUGCCUCUGGUUUGUCGCGCGCUUUUGGCGCUCCUUUGGAGGAUGAGGAUGCCGUCUCCGGUGGCGUCACAUUUCGCAGACACGACGACAACGUCGACGAUGAUGAUGGCUCGGCAAGCAGUGAUGAAAUGGAGGAUGAUGACGAGCUUGAGAACGACGAUGACGAUGUGGAUGACAAUGAGGAAGCCACAUCAGAAAAGAGCGCAGAAACAGCUGUCAGCAACGAGGAGAAGGAGAGGGAGUGGGAGAAGGAGAAGGAAAAGGGCAACGACGAUAGACAAUUGGUAAUGGACAAACAUUUUGUGUUACCAAAACGCAGCACACGUUCAUCGCGAAUUAUUAAGCCCAAUAAGCGACUUUUGGAAGUUGGUGGCAUCAGCAGCAGCAGCAGCAAAAAGAACACAAAUGAAGUGCAAAACGUCAAGACAAAGCCCAAAAACUAUUUUGGCCUUGGUGACCUUGCUGGCGAUGUUUCCACGGCUACCACUUCAUCGGCUUUAAGCCUUAAACUGGGCAAGGAAACGUUUUCCAGUUUUGGAAUUGGUAGCAUAAAGCUCAAUAGCAGCUUUGUUUUGCGACAGCCGCGUUUGCAAUUCGGACAAACGGUGGACAAAAGCGGACUUUUUGCCAAGUCGUCAGGUUCAGGUUCAGGAUCAGGACUGCUCUUGGCCACGACCUCAUCCGCAUCCACAUCCUCCAGUGCCAUUUCAACCACAACAAAUGCGAUCAACUUUGGCUCACACAAUAGUGCCAAUUCAGUGGUGCCUGUGUCAUGUGCUGUGUGUGCAACAGCUGUAAGUAACAAGGAUGCGGGGCAGGAGCGGAAAUAUGGCGUCAUUGCCUGCGAAUUUUGCUGCAAGUUCGUUUCGCGUAUGAUCAAAUUGUGCAAGUUGAGCACACCUGGAAUGCCCACUCAGCCGCUGAGGUGCAAGGAUGGUGGCAGCUGUAAUUUAAGCUCGCUCAACAGUCAAUCGAAGAACUUUUUGAGUUCAAACAUAUUCAAGAAGCUGCACAAGACGCGUUGCACGGCGUGUUGGCUUAGAAGAUGCCUCACAACGUUGCAGUUGCCAACUGGACACAGAAGUCGCCUCUUGGCCAUGUUGCCAGCGAACAUGCGAGUUGACGUUGCACCCAAGGAACAAGACAAAUCCCUGGAGUUGUCGUUGUUGUCGCCAACGGCAAACUUAAGAUUUGCCAACAGUUCCACAACAAUCAAAUGGAAAUCGAGUGUAGAAACGACAGUGAACUCGAUUAAAUCGAAUCCGCUGGCCGAGAAUAAUGUGACCUUUGGCAGCACGCCACUGCUGAGACCUGCCAUACUCGAGAAGCCAUUGUUCCUGAAGAUUGGCGAUCAGAAGAAGCCUAUAGAGUCCAGUCCAAGUCCCAGUGAAGCGAAAAUAAACCGCAAAACCAAGCAAGAGAAGUUGGAGAAGGAAAAGGAGAAAUGUAGAGAAGUGGGAAGUGAAAAGCUGCUAAGUCCAGUGACCAAGGAGUUGCCAAAGGAGGAGCAAAAGGAGUUGACAACUAAUGGAAAUUCGACUCCAAAUGUGGAGACAGUGGAGACAACUACUGUGGCAACUGUGACAACUGCGACAACAGAGAAUCUAAAGCGUCAACGCAUUGAUUUGAAGGGUCCACGUGUAAAGCAUGUUUGCCGCAGUGCAUCCAUUGUGCUGGGCCAACCUUUGGCCACCUUUGGGGAUGAUCUAGAGGAGCAGCAGGAGCAAGAGCAACAACAGGAAAUGGAAACAGAAACAGAAACAGUUGCCAGCAAGAAGCCAACGAAAACAGCUGCGGAAACGGAGCAAAUUGUGAUGGAUGAGAAUGAGAAUUGUGCCAGCUGCAAGUUGAAGCCCGAAGACAACACAACUAAUGUCAAUCCCACUCCCAAUCCUCCAGCAACUGACAAUAAGUUGAUAAAAUUACAAACAGAGGCUAAAAAACUAAACAAAGUCAACACAAGAAAUCUAAGCACCACAACAACAAACAUUUUGAACCAUAAGAAACAACGCAAUCUGGAACAUCACAUGACCACGAGUGUGGCAAGUGUGGCAAGUGGCAACCAUACAGCCAGAAGGGCACUGGCCAAAGAAGUGCAACGCUUGAAGACCUUAAUAUCCAUAGAUUUCUGGGAGAAUUAUGAUCCCGCUGAGGUCUGUCAAACUGGAUUUGGUUUAAUUGUGACAGAGACGGUGGCACAACGUGCUCUCUGCUUUCUCUGUGGCUCCACAGGAUUGGAUCCUUUGAUUUUCUGUGCCUGCUGCUGUGAGCCAUAUCAUCAGUAUUGUGUUUUGGAUGAAUAUAAUCUAAAGCAAAGCUCAUUUGACGAUACACUCAUGAAUAGUCUGCUCGACAAUACAACAACAACGACGGCGACAAUUGCAACGUCAACAAAUUGUGGCACAGCCUUAAAUCAGUUGCAACAACGACUCAAUUGGUUGUGUCCACGUUGCACAGUGUGUUAUACGUGCAACAUGUCAUCGGGCUCCAAGGUCAAGUGUCAAAAGUGUCUCAAGAAUUAUCAUAGCACCUGUUUGGGCACCAGCAAAAGAUUAUUGGGUGCAGAUCGUCCAUUGAUCUGUGUAAAUUGCUUGAAAUGCAAAUCUUGUGCCACCACCAAAGUGUCCAAAUUUGUAGGGAAUCUGCCCAUGUGCACGGCCUGUUUUAAACUGCGGAAAAAGGGCAACUUUUGUCCCAUUUGCCAGAAAUGUUAUGAUGACAACGAUUUCGAUUUGAAGAUGAUGGAAUGCGGAGAUUGCAAACAAUGGGUGCACUCCAAAUGCGAAGGAUUAAGCGAUGAGCAGUAUAAUCUAUUGAGCACGCUACCCGAAUCUAUUGAAUUUAUAUGCAAAAAGUGUGCUCGAAGAUGUGAGGUGUCCAGGCAGAAGGCGGAUGAAUGGCGACAGGCGGUAAUGGAGGAGUUUAAAACCAGUUUGCAUAGUGUGCUGAAAUUACUAAGUAAAUCCCGUCAAGCUUGUGCCUUGUUGAAGCUGAGUCCGAGAAAGAAACUGCGCUGCAGUUGUUCUGGAGGAGCGGGAACGGCAGGAAAAACCCGUUUACAGCCAAAAUCCUUGCAAUUUAAUUACAAUUCUCUGGGCAGCGAUGGCGAGUCGCAAAAUAGCGAUGAUGUCUAUGAGUUUAAGGAGCAAACGAAGCCAAUGGAUGCGGUGCCAUGUAGUUGUAGUUGCCAGCAAUCCUUGCAACCACCACUACAAAGUCAAUCCUUCAGCCUGGUGGACAUUAAACAAAAGAUAGCCGGCAAUUCCUAUGUAUCUCUAGCGGAAUUCAACUAUGAUAUGAGUCAGGUUUUGAAUCAGAGCAACUGUGAUGAGCUGGACAUUGCGUAUAAGGAGCUGCUGAGUGAACAGUUUCCCUGGUUUCAGAAUGAAACGAAAGCCUGCACAGAUGCGCUGGAGGAGGACAUGUUUGAGAACUGUGGCUACGAGGAGCUGGAGGAAGGAGGAGGCAUAAGUGGAGUUGGAGGCGGAGCAACUGCCAAUUAUGUGACACCAAUAGAAACUGAGAAUUCUGGAGUGCUACUCGACAUACCACUCGAGGAUGUCGAUGAUUUGGGUGCUUUGAAAACCCGACUCGAUCAAAGAAUAUGUUUAUUCUGUCGCAAAACCGGAGAAGGACUGUCUGGCGAAGAGGCACGGCUUUUGUAUUGUGGCCACGAUUGUUGGGUGCACACCAAUUGUGCCAUGUGGUCCGCCGAGGUCUUUGAGGAGAUCGAUGGCUCCCUACAAAAUGUGCACAGUGCGGUGGCACGUGGCCGGAUGAUCAAGUGCAGUGUUUGUGGCAAUCGUGGCGCCACCGUCGGAUGCAAUGUCAAAGCGUGUGGGGAGCAUUAUCAUUAUCCCUGUGCCAGGAGCAUUGAUUGCGCCUUCCUCACGGAUAAAUCCAUGUAUUGUCCACUGCAUGCGCGGAAUGCAUUGAAAUCCAAUGGAUCCCCGAGUGUCACCUACGAAUCCAACUUUGAGGUAUCACGUCCCGUUUAUGUGGAGCUCGACAGGAAGCGCAAGAAGCGCAUAGAACCCACUAAAGUCCAGUUUCACAUUGGUUCCUUGGAGGUGCGACAACUUGGUUCGAUUGUGCCGCGUUUCUCCGACUCCUUUGAGGCAAUUGUGCCCAUUAAUUUCCUGUGCAGUCGCCUCUAUUGGUCCUCAAAGGAACCCUGGAAAAUAGUCGAGUACACCGUGCGCACCACCAUACAAAAUAGUUACUCUAGCACCUUGACUUUGGAUGCGGGCAGGAACUUUACAGUGGAUCAUAGCAAUGCAAAUGGUUCCUUGGUUCAAUUGGGUUUGGCACAGAUUUCCAGAUGGCACAACAGCCUGGCGAGAAGUGAUUUACUGGACACGGAUUGGGCAGAGUUUCCCCCGCCGCUGGAUGAGAACACGGAGGAGGGUGAGCCGGGGAAUGCGGGAAAUGCGGACCUAUUGCCGCCAGAGAUUAAGGAUGCCAUAUUUGAGGAUUUGCCACAUGAACUGCUCGAUGGCAUCUCCAUGCUGGACAUAUUUAUGUAUGAUGGCGAGUUGGGCGACAAGACGGAGCUGUUUGCCAUGAGUGAACAGUCCAAGGAUGCACUUGCUCCAGCUGCUGCUGCUCCUGUAGCUGCUGUUCCUGCUGCCGUGAGCAUCUGUGAUGAGGAUACACGCAAUUCGAGCAGUCUCAACUGCUGGCCCGCCAGCAAUCCUGUCGAGGAUGCCAUGUUAUCCGCCGCACGCAGCUCUAGUCAAUUUCAGGCCAAGACGGCGCUCAAGAAGAUGGCCAAAUUGGAUGGCAGCAGCGUGGCGGCUUUCAAGCGACGCAAGCUCUCCAAGAACCUGGCCGAGGGAGUGCUCCUCAGUCUGAAUCAGCGGAGUAAGGGAGUCAAGGAAAUGGCCACUGUGGCCGGGAUUACACGGCGGCAAUCCAUCAGUGAAAUGUCCACGGAGGCGGGCAGAAAUUUCACCUGGAGCGCGGCAAAGCGUUAUUUCGAGAAGGGUGAGGGGAAGAUUAUGCAAAUGGAUGGUGUGGAUGAUUCCAUCACCGAAUUCCGCAUCAUCUCCAGCGAUGGCACGCAAUUCACGGGUCAAGUGAAGUGCGAACGUUGUCAAUGCACCUAUCGCAAUUACGAAAGCUUCCAGCGACAUUUAAAUACCUGCGAACCGAUGAGCACCAGUGAAUCCGAGUCGGAGACAACGCCACAGCAACAACAGCAGCAACAACAAUCACUCAGUGCCGAAAGUUUGCAAGAGUUGCAACAAAAAGCACUGGCAGCUGCCACACUGAGUGGCAACUAUUUGCAGACCACAUUUCCUCAGGUGCAAUUGGGACAAUUUGGUGUGCAGGGUCUACAAGGAUUGCAGGGACUGCAGGGAUUGCAGGGACUGCAACAAUUGCAGCUGCAACCACAAUCCUUUUUCCUCACGCAACCAACAGCCACCACAAACGGUGGCAACCCUGCCAACGAUGAGCUUCAACUCUAUGCGAAUUCAUUGCAGAAUUUGGCGGCCAAUUUGGGUGGUGGUUUUGCAUUGACACCAGCAACACACCACCAGCAACCGCAGCAACCACAAUUGCUGGCGUUAUCCACAAAUGCCGAUGGCACACAGCAAUUUAUACAGUUGCCACAACAACAACAACCAGCAGCAGCAGCAACAACAACGAGUUAUCAAACACUGCAGACUAGCAAUAGUGAUAAGAAAUUUAUGUUGCCAGUGGUGCGCAGUGGUGCAAAGCCACACAAAACUGUGACCAACAAGUUGCAACAAAAACAACUUAAGACGGGGCAAGGUGUCAAGCCCAUACAAGCCAAGUUGCAGCCACAGCAGCAACAACAACAACCACUGCAACAACAACAGUUGCACCACCCACAGCAACAGCAACAACAACCGCAGCCUAUACAAGUGCAACAACUGUUGCAGCCACAGCUGUUGUUUCAACAACAACCACAGCAACAACAACAAGCUGCCCCACAAUUGUUGUUGCCCCAAACGCAACCACAAAAUAUUAUCUCAUUUGUCACCGCCGAUGCGCAACAACAACCACUGCAAUACAUAACAAUACCCAACAGCAAUGAGUUUAAGCCACAGCAACAACAACCCACAUUUUUGACCAGUGGCGGUGGUGCAACAUUUCUGCAAACGGAUGCUAGUGGCAAUCUAAUGUUGACCACAGCACCACAGCUAAUGGCACAACCACAGGUCAUUGGCACAUUGAUACAACCACAGACAUUGCAACUAACCACCAGCAAUGCUGCGGACAACACACAGGCACAACAGCAACCACUGAUUUUAAGUGGUGCCACCGCUGGUAAUCCUACAGGAUUUGCCACUGAUUUUGCAACGGCUGCACCACAGGUGAUACUUGCCACACAACCCAUGUAUUACGGAUUGGAGACAAUUGUGCAGAAUACGGUGAUGUCAUCACAGCAAUUUGUAUCCACCGCAAUGCCGGGUGUACUCAGUCAGAAUGCCAGUUUCUCGGCAACAACCACCCAAGUGUUUCAGGCCAGUAAAAUUGAGCCGAUUGUGGAUUUACCCGCUGGCUAUGUGGUGCUCAAUAAUGCAGUCGAUGCAAGUGGUGCAAGUGUUGCCAAUGUUGGUGGUGCUGGCAGCUUUAUCAAUGCCACCACCAAUGACUACAACUUUCAGUUUCCCACAACAACAACAACAGCAGCUGCAACUACAGCAGCAACAUCUGUCAGCAGCAACAUAAGCGAUUAUUCCGCACCACUGGUGGUUACAGCCAAAAUACCACCAGUUAGCCAAGUCAACAGACGACAGACACAGGCACAAAAGGCUCAAAACAAACCACAGCAAACGCAGGUGGUUAACAAGGUGAUGCCAACCACCACGCACCAGCAACAGCAGCAACAACAGCAUCAGCAACACCAACAACAGCAACAGAAAACACUGGUAAAUCAGCUCAAAUUGACAGCACAAUUUCAACGACAACAGCAGCAGCAGCAACAACCACAGAAACAAGCAACUGUGUUGCUGCCAACAGGCACCAAUUGCGGUGCACCACCGAGCAUUGCCUCCAAGCCGCUGCAGAAGAAGACAAAUCUUAUAAGACCCAUACACAAAGUGGAAGUGAAGCCAAAAGGGAUGAAGGCAGCGCCCAAAAGCAACAUUCAACAGCAGCAACAGUUGCAGCUGCAAGCGCAGCAACAACAGCAACAACAACAGCUGCUGCUGCAAGCGCAGCAACAGCACCAACAACAACAGCAACCUGCAAAGCUGACAAUGUUGCCACAACGUCAGCUGCAACAGCAACAGCAGCAACAAUUGCCACUGCAGCAGCAACAACUGCCGCUGCAGCAGCAGCAGACACAGCUGCAACUUCCACAACAGUUGCAACUGCAACAACCACAAUUGCAACUGCAACAACCAACACAACAACCAGCCAUUAUUAACAUUCUAAACAACACUGAGCCACAACAACUGCAACAGGCAACAACAGCAACACAACAGUUUGUCAUGUCGGCAACAGCCACAGAGCUGCCACCAACAGAGUUGCCACAACGCUUGCAACAUUAUGCCAGCAAUUGUUUGCCCACCAAUGUGGUAAAUCCGCUGCAGCAACAACCACCAACAGUUGCAACAACAAACAGCACAAUAACAACAACAACCACAACAACAACAAUCAAUAGUCGACCCACAAAUCGAGUGUUGCCGAUGCAACAACGACAACAGGAGCCGCCAGCAACAAUUGCUGAUGAUGCGGUGGUGCAAUCACCAACACCACCAAAGCCCAUCGAGGAGACAACGCCAGCAGCAGCAACAGAUGUGUUGCAAGUGGCAAAUGUUGGUGGUGCGUUGGCCAAAUGUUAUGCACAGUCGCCAGUUUACGAGACGGAACUGAAGACAAAUGUGUUGAUGGAUGUGUUGCAGGUGCAGCAGCAGCAACAACAACAACAACAGCAACAAACACAUGAAACAUUGUACUCAGAGGUGAUUUAUGAGAAGGAUGAAGUGGAUAAAUCCAAAGAUCUGAUGCUCAUGGAGUCUAAAAAUUGCCAGCAACAGCAACUGCAGCAACAACAGCAACAGCUGCCACAACCACAACAGCUGGAAUUGCUGGCAAAUGGUUUUCAAGUGGAGCAUUGUUUGCUGGAGAAGCAGGUUUAUCAGGUGGAGACAAUUCCCAUGGAUACAGAGGAUCAUUAUGCGAAUUUGAAAAACUGCAAUGAAAUCGAAGAUGAGCAGCAACAACAUAAUGAAGAACAGGAACAGGAGGAGGAGGAGGAUGAAGAUGAUGAUUUUAGUUUAAAAAUGGCCAAUUCCGCCUGCAAUGAUCAUGAAAUGUCGGAUAGUGAAGAACCCGCUGUCAAAGAGAAGAUUAGCAAAAUUCUCGAUAAUCUAACAAAUGAUGAUUGUGCGGAUUCUAUAGCCACAGCAACAACAGUGGAAGCCAAUAAUGCUGCAGGGUAUCAGCAAAUGGUCGAAGAUGUGCUGGCCAGCACAACAGCAACAGUUGGUGUAGGUGUUGGUGUUGCCAACGAUGAUGAGGCAUUUACAGCUACCGCCGAGGAAACCGCUGCUGUGGAGGCAGCUGCCAGUUAUAUCAAUGAAAUGGCCGAGGCACAUGAAUUGCAAUUGCAGCAAUUGCAGGAAAACUUAACGAAAUCAAAGCCAAAAGCAGCGGCAACAGUUGCUGCACCACAGCAACCACCACGUGAACCAAUGCCGCGUGAUCCGAAGAAAAUCAGUGGACCACAUUUGUUGUAUGAGAUACAAAGUGAAGAUGGCUUCACCUACAAGUCCAGCUCCAUAGCGGAGAUCUGGGAGAAGGUCUUUGAGGCGGUACAGGUGGCCAGAAGGGCUCACGGCCUUACCCCACUCCCAGAGGGACCCCUCGCCGAUAUGAGUGGUUUGCAGAUGAUGGGACUGAAGACGAAUGCACUCAAGUAUCUGAUCGAACAGCUGCCGGGUGUGGAGAAGUGUGCCAAGUAUACGCCCAAAUAUCACAAGAGGAGUGAGAAUCCACAGGCGACAGCAACAGGAGUUAAUCAUGCUGGCAGUGGAAAUGCCAGUGGAGUUGGAGUGAAUGGCUUACUCACUGCUCACGGCGAUGUACAGACGCUUAUAGACUAUGGCUCCGAUCCGGAGGAUCUGCUGGAGAAUGCCUACGAGUGUGCCAGGUGCGAACCGUACAGCAAUCGCUCCGAAUACGACAUGUUCAGCUGGCUGGCAUCCCGACAUCGCAAGCAGCCCAUUCAGGUCUUUGUCCAGCCAUCGGAUAACGAACUGGUGCCCAGACGCGGAACUGGCAGCAAUCUGCCCAUGGCCAUGAAGUAUCGCACCCUGAAGGAGACCUACAAGGAUUACGUUGGUGUCUUCCGCUCACACAUUCACGGACGUGGUCUCUACUGCACCAAAGACAUUGAAGCAGGUGAGAUGGUCAUUGAAUACGCCGGAGAACUCAUACGCUCAACGCUGACGGAUAAACGGGAGCGUUAUUACGACAGUCGCGGUAUAGGCUGUUACAUGUUCAAGAUCGAUGACAAUCUGGUGGUGGAUGCCACAAUGCGUGGCAAUGCGGCACGUUUCAUCAAUCACUCGUGUGAGCCGAAUUGCUACUCGAAGGUCGUCGAUAUACUGGGCCACAAACACAUCAUCAUCUUUGCGCUGCGACGCAUUGUGCAGGGUGAGGAACUGACCUACGACUACAAGUUCCCCUUUGAAGACGAGAAGAUACCCUGCUCAUGCGGCUCAAAGCGUUGUCGCAAGUACUUAAACUAGACUAGGAAACGGAAGCGGAAACCACAACAAACGGAAACAACAACAACAUACUCAUCAAUAAAAUUGCAGCUAAAGAUAGAGAGAGAGAGAGAGAGAGAGAGAAAGGAGCAUGUGUAGUUAACGGUUAUUUCGAUCGAAGUUUUUUUUGGUCAAUCGUGAUACAUUUUCAUUAUAGAGCAUACAAAUAAUUAAGUAGAAGUUGUAAAUCUAAGAGUUAAAACGUUGAUAUUAUAUUGAUAUGUAUAUGUCAAGAUAUAUAUAUAUAUAUAUGAAUAACCCGAUUGAUAUAACUCAUAGCUGCAUACACACACACAUACACACACUCGAUGAUUUCAGUAUUCAGCAGAGAAAUAUGGAAAAUAUAUAUGUAUAUGCUAAUAUAUCAGAUAUAUAACUUUGUAUGAAAUUCAGUAUGUUAAGGCUUGACAGAUUCUAUAUACUUAUUAACAAUUAAUUACGAUCAAGAUCAACAAUAUAGUAUAUAUAUAUAUAUUAGCGUUAGAUACAGUUUCUGAUCAAGGAAUAAAUAAUUUUAUGAUUACUUACAGGGGCUUGUGUUAGUUUGUAAAUACGUAAAAAGGCUUCACCAUAAAAAAGCAUUAGGUAAUUAACAUGUAUAAUUAAAAGUAAGAUAAUAACAAAUCUCUACAAAAUAAAAAAAAAUUAAACAACAAACAGAUGAAACUAUUUUAUGGUAGAAUUAUGAGAAUUAUGCACACAAAACAAACAAACAAAACACAUUGCUAAUUGAAAUUGAGUAUUUACUGUUUGUUGCAAUUGAUCCAACUAAUUACAAUUAAAACAUAUAUAAAUAAAUGGAUAAUUCAAUAAUAUUCACUGGGCCUAACCUUAUUAAUAUAAACGCAACUAAGCAUCACCAUUUUGAAAUUAUUUUGUGAACAGACAACAACAAACACCAAUUUUAUUGUUAUUGUAAAAACAAACAACGCAUAUGUAUAUAUAUUUAUUAUUAUAAUUAUUACGAUUAUUAUUAACAAUUAACAAUUAUUUGAAAUGUGUCCAUGUAAAUUGUAAUUGCAUUAAGCUCUUGUGUUCUAAAUUUUAAUUGUAAUUUAAAUUUAUAUCUUAAGCAUAUCUUUUAGCUUUUAAAUUAUGUAAAAUUUUUAUGUUUUUUUCAUAAUUUGCGUAAAUGUCAGCCAACAUUUGCAGGCUUUUAAAAGUAAUCCUUAUUUAUUACGCAGCUCCCUCCUUUGUAUUCUAUUAGUUUGUUUAAGCUCGUUUUUUUGUAUUCGGUACGAGAAACCAUUCAAUCAACCCCCUUAAUUAUCUAUCUACUUAUCUUUAUCAUAUACUCUAUAUUAUUUAAAUUGUUUGGUUCGGAAUCAUAA